AGGGGACGAACCGGCGUGAUUUGACCCUUUACGUGGGAAACCUUUUUUGUGCGCUGUGAAGUGACUGAAGAAAGAAGCAUGUUUCGUGUUAGUCUGACUUUGUGCGGUAAAGAGCUCGGUAAACGGUGGUCUUCGUGCCUUGCUGGAGGAACUGGCCUCCCACCGAACCUGAGAGUCGUACCGAACUUGGUUCAGCUUCCGCGUACGAAGAGGCUUCAGCCGACUGACUCAAGUGUCCCAGUGCUGCGUAAAUGUGACGCGGUCGUUCCUGCCCACAUGAAGCCCCAGCAAGCCUGGGUUGAGUCCUUGAGAAAUCUGGAAGACGACCAGUUAGGUGUGACGGAGCUUCACCCAGAUGUCUUUGCAGUACAUCCCAGAAUGGACAUACUGCACGCAGUUGAAGUCUGGCAGAGGAAUUUCAAAAGAAUUAGCCACGCCAAGGUGAAGAGCAGAGCCGAGGUGAGAGGCGGUGGCAAGAAGCCCUGGGCCCAGAAAGGGAGCGGCCGUGCCCGGCACGGGAGCAUCAGGUCUCCUCUCUGGCGAGGAGGUGGCAUUUCUCAUGGGCCCAGAGGACCAAAGAGCUACUACUAUAUGUUGCCCAUGAAAGUGCGCGUGAUGGGGUUAAAGGUUGCACUGACCUCCAAGCUCACUCAGGACUACCUUCACAUUGUCGACUCCCUGGAGAUGCCGACAGCCGACCCUCAGUUCCUCUUGGAUUUGGCACAGUAUAGACACUGGGGACAAUCCGUUCUCAUCGUCGACGUAAAUGAAGAUUUUCCCCAGAACAUUCUUCAAGCAACGGCAUCUCUGAAAACUGUGAACAUCAUUCCUGCCAUAGGUCUAAAUGUUCACAGCAUGUUGAAGCAUGAAUCCCUCGUUCUCACACUGGAAGCAGUGAAGUUUCUGGAAGACAGUCUAUUGUGGCACGACUCUCGCUUCACACCUCUGUACCCCUUCAGACUCCCCUACAGAGACUUUCCAAAGCACUCUUAAAAGAUUUAUUUCAUUAUACCAUUGUGCAUUAUGGCUCCUGGAGUAUCACCAUCCCAUAACAUUUUCCUGAAAGAAACUCAUUUAAAAACAUUUAUAGAAGGAGGGGGGGGG